GGGAAACGAUGGCGGCUGCGGCUCCGCUGCUUUGAUUUGUCCUUCCCAAAACUUGGGCAGAUGGAGGAGGACACUGUGAGCAAGAGGAAGAUUCCGUGGGCCCCCCAGGAAGGCCCCGAGCUGAGGACGGAGAGCACGGAGGACAAAUCCCCCCGGCAGAGCCUGGUGGGAGAGGCCGUUUUGAAGGGCUCCCCGGCGCAGGAAGGCAGCGGGGAGGAAAAGGCCCAGAGAUGCCCCUGGAGGAGGGGCUGCAAAGCCAGCCCAGGGAGCUCUGAGGAGGAAAGACCCGUCCUGUGCCGGGAAGGCGGCCGGAGCUUGAGCCAGAGCUCUGAGCUGGUGGUCCCUGAGCAGCCUCCCAGCAGAGAGAAGCCCUUCAGGUGCUUGGAAUGUGGGAAGAGCUUCAGGGAGAGCUCCCACCUUCUCAGCCACCAGCACAUCCACACUGGGGAACGGCCCUACACAUGUGGGGAAUGUGGGAAGGGCUUCACCCAGAACUCCACCCUGAUCCAACACAAGCACAUCCACACUGGGGAACGACCCUACACGUGUAGGGAAUGUGGGAAGAGCUUCAGGAAGAGGUCCAAGCUCCUCAGCCACCAGCACAUCCACACUGGGGAACGACCCUACACGUGUAGGGAAUGUGGGAAGAGCUUCAGGAAGAGGUCCAAGCUCCUCAGCCACCAGCACAUCCACACUGGGGAACGGCCCUACACGUGUGGGGAAUGUGGGCAGAGCUUCAGGCAGAGCUACACCCUGAUCCAACACCAGCACAUCCACACCGAGGAACGGCCCUACACGUGUGGGGAAUAUGGGAAGAGCUUCAAGCAGAGACCUGCCCUGACCCAACACCAGCACAUCCACACCGGGGAACGGCCUUACAGAUGUGGGGAAUGUGGGAAGAGCUUCACCCAGAGCUCCACUCUGAUGUGACACCAGCGCAGCCACACUGGGGAACGACCCUACCCGUGUGGGGAAUGUGGGAAGAGCUUCAGGGACAGCUCCAGGCUCCUCGCCCACCUGCGCAUCCACACUGGGGAACGGCCCUACAUGUGUAGGGAAUGUGGGAAGCGCUUCUCCAAGAACUCCAACCUCUACAACCACCGGCGCAUCCACUCCGAGGAACGGCCCUACACGUGUAGGGAAUGUGGAAAGAGCUUCAAGCAGAAAUGUGCCCUGACCCAACACCAGCUUUUCCACACUAAGGAACGGCCCUACACAUGUGGAGAAUGUGGGAAGAAGUUUCAGACCAGCUCAACUCUCCUCAGGCAUGAGCGGACACACACAGGGGAGAGGCCCUUCCGCUGCACCAACUGCGGGAAGGGCUUCACCCGGAACUCCACCCUCGUCACCCACCAGCGCACCCACACCAGGGAGAGACCCUACAAGUGUGGGGAGUGUGGGAAGAGCUUCACCUCAAGCUCUGACUUGACCAAACACCAACGGACCCACCGGUAAGAGAAGCUCUACGAGUGCCUUGACUGUGGGAAGAGCUUCAGCCGCUGCUCCCACCCUGAAUGCCCCCCCGAUGGUGAGGCAUCCCCUGGAGUCCAGUGACUGUCAGUCCAUCACUUUCUACCAGAAAGGGCCAGUCCCCUUUCCCAGGGGCAGGUUCUGCCAACAGAACCCUUCUUGGGGGUGUGUGGAGAUUCCUGCCUUGGCUGGGGACCCCCCAAGGUCAGUGCUGGAGGUUGAGAGCAGAGAUCUCCCCACGAGCGAUGGUCUGGGGGAGUUCCAUCCAUCUCUAAGUCAUAAUUCUUACUUUGGUGCCAGCUUGAGUAGAAUUGCUUCAACAAUUGCUUUAGUGUAGAGCAGUGUCCUGUCUUAUGCUGUACUACUGGUAGUUUUAGUGUUUCUAUUGUGCAGAAAAUAAUUCUGAUGAAGAUCUUCUGUCUGAUCAUUUGUAACCCUAAGUAAUUCAUUUCUAUCAAUAGAUCUGAUUUGCCAUCCUUAAAACCUGGGGGACAAAAGUGGUUCAGUCCCACCUCUGUAAUUCCUCUAAACUGAAAGUGUUGGCAUAACCCAAGGCUGAGAUUGGAUCCAGCAGCCCCAGCACUCCACAGUCAGUUGGAAGCUCAGGUGGGCUCCUCACUUUCCCAACUUCCCUCUACCCAAAGACCCCCAUGGGAGCUUUGGAUCCACCAGACCACUCCCCCUUUUUCACCCUUCUCCCUGUUCCUCCCACUUUUCCAUGGUCCCCUUCUACAAUCUGCUAAAAUAUUGCAGAAAGAACUUCAGAUUUGAAUAUUCCCUUGAGCAAAAUUAAAACUCACACAAGUUUCCUGUUGAUACCAAAACCUGAUUUUUAUUAAUUGCUAAGAGGUGCAAAGAGAAAGAAAAAAAUAAGAAAAGGUUGGAAACUGCUAAGAUUACUCCUAGAAGCAGAGAAAAGAUACCACUGAAAAGUACCUUUACCUACUGAGCUGGUGUGUGUGUGGGGGGAGAAGCAGUUUCUGCCUUUCUUUUCUCUAUCCCUGCAGCUUUUGGAUGUUGUCUCUUUAGCUGCAGGGGGUCUGACAGCUUUAGUUCUCUGCAAUGCACCAUGUGUGGUUUCACUGCUCACGCCCCUGUCCCAGGCCAUGCAGGGUCUCUGCUCAGCCGAAGCUUUGGGCCCUCAGAAAUAUGGUCAGGGUAGAAGGAUAAGGUAGAACUCCCACAUGUGGCACGGUGGUCUGAGCUCUCUCCAGGCCGGCACAGUUCCAGUCUCCGGUGGCAGGCAGGCAGCACGCGGUGCCAGAGAAAAGGGGAGGGGAGGUGGGCAGAGACUCUCGGCUACAGUCACGAGUUCUUCUCCCUUUCCUCUCCCUCAUUUUCCAAAAUUUGUCCUCAGCUUUUAUAGUGUUCAAAGGAGGUUGAACAUGGUUUUUUGGCACGUAGCCAGUUCAGAUGUUGGAAGAAAUAUGAUAACCAUAAACAAUGGCAGGUUCUUUUGGCAGGAAAAGUGCUGUGGGAAGUCCUGGUGAGAACUACUGUCAGAGAACUGAUAGAGAAUGUUUGGUAGGAAGUUUUUGACAGGCAGAAACAAUUGAGAAACAAUUUUCGGCAUUUCUGUAUUAUCUGUGUGGUUGCCGUGGUAAGCGACGUAACAGGGAAUGCAUAAUGGUUACCAUGGUAACCGACCAUAGUGAUGGGGAUGUAUGAUGGUUGCCAUGAUAACCGUCCAUAGGAAAUGGAAUGCAUAAUGGUUGCCAUGGUAACUGACCGUAGCAAUGGGAUAAUAUGAUGGUUUCCAUGGUAACCGGAGUAUCAAUAAGAAUUCAUAAUGGUUUGCAUGGUAACUGAGGUAUCAAUGGGACUGCAUAAUGGUUGCCGUGGUAAUCGACUGUAACAAUAAGAAUACAUAAGAGUUGCCAUGGUAACAAUGGGAAUGCAGAAUGGUUGCCAUGGUAACCUAGGUACCAAUGGGAAUGCAUAAUGGUUGCCAUGGUAACCACAUGUAACAAUGAGAAUGCAUAAUGGUUGCCAUGGAAACUGAUGUCACAGUAAGAAUGAAUAAUGGUUGCCAUGGUAACCGCUUGGAACAAUUAGAAUGCCUAAUGGUUGCCACGGUAACUGAUGGAACAAUGAAAAUCCAUAAUGGUUGCCAUGGUAACCACUUUUAAGAAUGAGAAUGCUUAAUGGUUGUCAUGGUAACCAGGAUAACAAUGAGAAUUCAUAAUGGUUGCCAUGGUAACCUAGGUAACAAUGGGAAUGCACGGUGGUUGCUGUGGUAACCGACAUAAUGAUUUGAAUGCAUAAUGAUCCCAUGGUUACUGAUGUAACAAUACUGUGUAUAAUAGUUGCCGUGGUAAUCGACCUAACAAUGAGACUGCAUAAUGGUGUCCAUGGUAACCAAGGUCAUAAUGAGAAUGCAUAAUGGUUUCCAUGGUGUAAGGGGGUACUUUUUAUUCAGAUGAUCAAUGGAGCACAGAGAGGUGACAAAGUGAUUAUAUUCUCAUGUGAAACCUGCCAGAGUGUUGUACAAGGUAACUUUAUUGCACAAGUUCACUGUAAGGCCCAUUGUGCCUUUAGCAAAGUUAACAGGAUGUCCCCCAUUAUCAGAGCUGAGCUCCUCCUUGGCUUGGCUCCACUCUACAAGAAAGAAAAAUCUCCUUGGAACACAAUGGUACAGGUCAUCCAUAGGGCUGAGGAAGGUGAUGGAGAGGAAGAUGAUGUGGGCAGGGGUCGUUGGCCCCUUGCCCUACAGUGGGGCACACCCAGACAGUUGCCAUGGGGUGAUGAACAGGCGCUGUUUGGCUGCCACUCAAGCACCACCUUCUGCUGUGUCCUGGCCCUACGUAGUGUAAUGUAGAGCUGAUGGAAUGGGGUGUCAGCACUGCUGGGUGGAGCGAUGCUCAUCCUUCCAUCCACACUGUGCUGCUCUGCGGGGACACCCGCCAAGCACGGGCACCGACCAGCCCUGCAGACCUGGUAGGCCUGGCCUGUGUGUGCAGGUGAGCACAGUUUAUUGAUAGGAAGCCACCAAGGAAGCAAACAUUUUAUAUCCUUUUUUUUGUAUCCCUUUAAUUCCCUUUUUACUAGUGAAUGCUGUAAUAAAAGCUGUUUGUAGUAUUGUAUGCAUGGCAACUGAUAAUGUAGUGGGUUUGUAUUUUUCAACUUUUGAUUCUCUUUGCUAGUAGGGUUUUUUUUUUUCUCACUGCAAUAAAAGUUUU